CACGAAUUUGCUAAUAAAAUUUCAUAUGCAACUAAUUCAGUUUCCCUGGUUGAUUCAAAGUGUCAAAAAGCUCGUAACAAUUUAAGAGUAAUCAACAAUCGACCUGAGGUUAAGCAAGAUUUUGCCGUUUGCGUUAAAGGACUUGACUUUCUCCAUGAAGAUCUUAGUGUCCGUCUAAUUGAAUGGAUUGAACUUUUGAAAAUACUUGGAACCAAAAAGAUUUUCCUUUAUGAGAUGGAAAUCCAUCCAAAUAUAUCUAAAGUUUUAAACUAUUAUCAAGAGAAAGGAUUAGUUGAAUUAACACCGAUCACUCUACCUGGAGAUCAGCCCAAUUUACCUGGUUUCCAACAUCUUUACCUGAAAAACAAGUUGACCGCUAAAAGACAAAAUGAACUGAUCCCUUAUAAUGAUUGUCUUUAUCGGAAUCUUUAUUCAUAUUCAUAUUUAGCAUUACUGGAUAUCGAUGAGAUUAUUAUGCCCUUACAGCACGACAAUUGGUCUGAUCUAAUGGCCGUUGUUGAACGGGAAUCACUAAAGGAGAAAAACUAUUCCCGUGCCAGUUAUAAUGUUCGUAAUGCUUAUUUCCUUGAUGAUCUGGGUGUCGGUGAGCAACAGAUGAAACACACAGCCAUGAGCGGAAUUCCGACCUACCUUCAGUUACAACAUGUCUAUCGAUCUCGAAAUUACACUAAACCAGGACAGUACGUUAAAUGUUUCCACAAUACGGAAAGAGUUGUUUCCCUUCAUAAUCAUUUUCCACUUAAUUGUUUUGGCUCAUGUACAACCUAUUCAAUCAACACUUCAUUAGCUCACCUUCAACAUUAUCGUAAAGAUUGUGUCGGUCCAUUGAAAAACUCAUGUAAAACCGAUUUCAGGAUAUACACAACUCGAGAUACAACAAUAUGGAAAUACAAAGAUCAACUAAUCGCCAAUUCAAAUGCUGUUCUCAGUCAACUUGGUUUCUUUGAAUCACCAUCACCAUCAUCAUCAUCUUCAUCUUUAUCUUUAUCUUCAUCUUCAUCAUUCAAUGAACAACAAAAAUCGCCAUCUCUUCUCUUCAUCAUCAUUAUCAUCAUCUCUAGGCUCAAUUUGGUCAUCAUUUUGGCUCCUAUUAUCCUUUCAUUAUCUUUUAAUCAUCAAAUCUUUCAAUUGAAUUUUAAUAAGAGCUAA